CAACCAAACGGCACCGUUUAAAGGCUGAGAGAGAGAGAAGUCUUAUUUUAACACUCGACGCUCCCUUUCUCUUUGUAAACCUAAUUAAAUUAAAGUUCUCUCUCUGCUCUCAUCGUCUUCUUCCUUGAGAGAUAAUUUGUUGAUUCACUCCCGACAAAAUCAAGUUCAAGAGAAGAAUCAAUCAAUCUCUUGCGAGGAGAGAUCCACAGUCUCUAGAUAAGUUCUCUUCGCUUAUUUUAUAUGAGUUUCUAGAUCUUUCUUUGCCUUUUUGAUUUUAUCCCAUUUUAGGGUUUUCAAUUUCGAUUGUAUUGACUCUGUUUUGUUCUUUUCAUCCUUUAGCGACGAUCAAUCACUUCCCAGUUCCUAUGAAAUCGCCAUCUCUAGAAUUGCUUCUUGGAAAUUUUGGGGGUUUUGUUUCUCCGUGUUUCAGGGGAUGAAUUCGAUCAAGCCUUUGCCUAAGGGUGUUCAUCUUUCCAAGCGUUCUGGAAUUAUGAUGUUUGACAUGACGAGGAAGGUCGUGGAGGAACACGUGUUUAACAGUCUCGACGCAACCAAGGUUUCUAUCUUUGUGGGUGUUGUUUCGUGCUCUGUCAAGGUUGUGGAUGAUGGAUCAGGCGUUUCCAGAGAUGAUUUGAUUUUGUUGGGAAAAAGAUACACCACUUCAAAGUUUCAUGAUUUGGAGUCAUCCAGUGAAAAUUUUGGAUUCCGUGGAGGGGCGUUAGCGUUAGCUUCGAUAUCAGAUAAUCUCGUUACUGGAAAUCAGGAUAAAAUCUAUUGGGAAGCCUAAUGGUUAUCGAAAGGUAUGGGAUGACUUUGAUGCUACUCAAUACUCCUACAUAAUUUUUGUUAAAACAAAAAUCUUACUUUCUUUGAUUUUAGUUCUUUCGGUUAUUGGUUUUCAAUUUUGUGUCUUGGGUUUCAAAAUCGUUUACUUUGUCUAUAGUUUUGUGUGUGUCUGUGCUCCUUAUAGGUUUGGUUUUCCCUUGUGUAUUAUACGUUUUUGGUUGCUUGCCAAUUAACUAGUCUCACGCUCACUCAUGUGAUGAGAUAGUCAUAACUAAAAUUGUUAUGUA